AACAGCCUGGCGGUGGCACCGCGGGUGAAGCAGGGGAGUCUGUGCAGCGCAGGGGUGCAGCGCAGACAGGCGGGUGCGACACCACCGAGGGGCUCUGCUCUCACCCCGCUCUCCCACCCUGCUCAGGUCCCCGGCGGAACCUCAGCGCGGCCAUCAUGUCCCAGGCCACCACUUGCCACAAGCAGGGGGGUGGCGGGGAGAGCCCCCCAGCGCUGCCACCACCACCAGGAUGCCCGCACUUUUUCCCUCCGGAAACGCUGUUCCGACAGGCAGGUGGGGUCACCUACCGCAUCCCGGCUCUGCUCUACGUGCCCCGGGAUGAUUCCUUCCUGGCCUUUGCCGAGAAGCGCUCCUCAGCGCGGGACGAGGAUGCCAAGUACCUGGUGCUGCGCCGGGGCCGCCGGCACGGCUCCUCGGUCAAGUGGGAUCCCAUGGAGGAGCUGUCGGCGUUGGCGCUGCCCGGCCACCGCACCAUGAACCCCUGUCCUCUCUACGACGCCGGGAGCGGCACCGUCUUCCUCUUCUGCAUCUGCGUGGAGCAGGGGAAGACGGAGCGCUGCCAGAUCUGGAGCGGGCGCAGCGCGGCGCGUCUCUGCUUCGCCACCAGCGCCGACGGCGGCCGCGGCUGGAGCGCGCUGCGGGACGUGACGGGCGAGGCCAUCGGCGCCGACCUGGCCCGCUGGGCCACCUUCGCCGUGGGGCCGGGCCACGGGGUGCAGCUGGGCUCGGGGCGGCUGGUGGUGCCGGCCUACGCCUACUACGUGCGCGGGUGUCUGUGCGGGGCGCUGCGGCUGCCGUGCUUCACCCGCCAGCAUUCCCUCGUCUUCUACAGCGACGACGGCGGGCGCCGCUGGCACAAGGGCGCGCCGCUGGCCGGGGAGCGGACGGGCGAGUGCCAAGUGGCCGAAAUCCUGGGCGGGCAGCAGCCCCUGCUGUACUGCAGCGCCCGGGCUCCGCGGGGCUGCCGGACCGUGGCGCUCAGCACGGACCAAGGGCUGCGCUUCCAGCGGCCGGCGCCGUGCCCGGCGCUGGGCGAGCCCCCGCGGGGCUGCCAGGGCAGCGUGCUCGGCUUCGCCGCCGCCGGGGCGCGCACCUGGCUGCUCUACUCCCACCCCACCGACCGGCACGGCCGGCGCGAUCUCGGCCUCUACGUGAACCCCUCGCCGCUGGACGGGGCGGGCUGGCGGCGCCCCUGGGUGCUGCAUGCGGGCCCGGCCGGCUACUCCGACCUGGCCCUGUGCCCCGGAGGCGUCUUUGGAUGCCUGUUCGAGCGCGGCGCCAGCAGCGCCUGCGAGGAAAUCGCCUUCUGCCUCUUCACCCUGGACCUCUCUGGCGAUCAGGACCCGAAGGCUUCCUGA